AGUUUCAGAUCUUGGGACUAAGUAUAAAAAAUUCAUUCAAAUAUCUGGAAGAGUAUUUAUGAAAAUGAAUAAAUGGAAAUUUUUAUUGAUUUUAGGUUAGAUCUCUUCUCGCUUCACCCCCUGCCUGCAACCCUGUAAACACCGCCGUGUAUUUGUGUCGUUCGUGGUCUGUGUUGUGGACAAAGGUUGUUUGGUUCGCAUUUUAAAAUAUUUCGUUCGAAGAUGAUUCGCAACGACUGUUUGUUUUGUGCACAAGUUGCAACAGAAAUAGGGGUAUACAGGGUAUAUGCAGAGCUUUAAUUUGAAUUUGAAAAAAUGUAUGAAUAAACAAUUCACAGGAAUAAAAAUGAAUAAAUAUUUAUUACAUUUGAUAUCGUCAGUGAGGCGAAAAAAAUCAUCAAUGUUAAUAAUUGCUUUUCUCCUGAUUUUGAUAAUAUUUGGUAUACACUACAACAGAGAUGUUGAGCCAAUUGUUGGACAAAUCUUCCCCAAACUGUUGAAAGAAACGAUGGAUUCGAGUAGAGUUAAUUUCCUCAGCAAGAAUGAAUCCAGUGAUAACUUAAACGUUGAUGAAUAUUCUCAGGACAAACAUGAGAGAAUCCUAGCUAAAGAUGAGAAUUUUCUGAAUUAUUUAGAUUCCGUUAAGAAUAUAGCAUCAAUGGAAACAGAGCAAAAUUUGGGGAUUCCUUUUGUUAACUCUUACAUUAAAAAUCCAUACAUACCAAGAAAGAGACUUGUUCAUCUCGAUUUGAAGGGUGCUCCACCUUUAAUAUCCUAUUAUCGAAGAUUUUUUCCAUUUAUAAAAAAUCUAGGAGCCACUGGAAUACUUAUAGAAUAUGAGGAUAUGUUUCCUUAUGAUGGCGUUUUGAGGAAUAUGAGUGCAAAAAAUUCUUAUACUAAAGUACAAAUUGCUGAAAUUUUGAAUCUUGCUGAAGAAUCUCACUUGGAAGUGAUUCCAUUGAUACAAACUUUUGGUCAUCUUGAGUUUGCUCUUAAACUACAAGAUUUUCGGAAUUUGAGAGAGGUGCCUGAUAGUCCACAGGCACUCUGUCCUAAGAGGAACGGUUCUCUCGAAUUUAUCAAAGAAAUGGUUAAUCAGGUCAUGGCUCUACACCCAAAAAUCAAAUAUCUCCAUAUUGGUUGUGACGAAGUCUUUCAAAUGGCAGAAUGUGAAUUAUGUCGUUUAGAAUUACGUGAAACAUUGUUUUUACGACAUGUCCAAAAUGUUAGUACCAUGAUUCUAAAGAAUUUUCCAUCCCUGAAACUUAUAAUAUGGGACGAUAUGCUCCGUCACAUCUCUCAACAGACAAUACUAGACAUGAAUCUUGGAGCACUUGUGGAACCUAUGAUUUGGGUGUAUGCAGAAGAUAUCUAUCGGUUUGUGCAGCCUCUCAUUUGGUCAAAAUAUUCAGCCAUUUUUCCAAGAGUUUGGGCUGCUUCGGCCUUCAAGGGGGCAUUUGGGGAGAGUCUGUAUGUUCCUGAUGCUAAAAGGCACCUUGAAAAUAAUCUAAGGUGGUUGGACUUAAUGUCCCAUCAAGCUGAAGAUUUCAGAGGGGGUUUUGUCGGUUUAGUGCUAACGGGAUGGCAAAGAUAUGACCACUUUGCUAUUUUAUGUGAGACAUUACCAGCAGCAGUACCUUCUUUAGCUCUUAGUUUGACAGCAGUUACAUAUGGCUAUUUCAAUGCAUCCCUCAAAUCCAUAUUUCUAUCUGCUCUGAGUUGUCCUAGAGAGAAUUCUGUAUCACCUUUCAUUUCAUUGGAGUACGAUCCUUUUCUCUGGGACAAACUUGGAAGAUGCUUGUUCCCCGGUAGCCACAUUUUUAGAUUAGUUCACAAGCUCAAUGCUGCCGAGUCUGAAACUAAAGAUUUCGUUAAACAAACAAAAGAACAGAAGGGUUGGCUGACUGAUUAUAAUAGCCGCAGAAAAUUCAGCUCCCCAUUGCGAAUAGAGGAAAUUGUCUCUGAACUUCCUAGAUUAUACCAUAACAUGUUGUCAUUAGUGAGAAACAGUUUCGAAGCGAUGGAGGGUGUUUUCGAUAAUUUCACCAUCACAGAGUGGAUAGAACAAAGAAUUUACCCGUAUAUACUUCAGUUAGAAAAAAUAGAGAAAGAAAGUACUGCUAUAAAAAGUAGUAAAAUCUGGCCAGCAAGGCCAUUACCUAUUUUGCCUGAACUCAAGAGAAUUAUUGAAGGUCUAAGAACUUAUUGAAAAUAUUUAUCAAUCAGUACAAAGGGUAUGACUGAAAAAAAUGUGAUUAAUAAUCUCAGUCUCAAUAUUGAGAAUAAAUAAUUUGUUCAUAAAAAAAUUUAUAAAUUGGAGGAGAUACCACAUCAUGAACAUGAUUGAUGGAACCAGUUGAAUAAUUCUGAUAUUAUAGAGUUUGAAACUCCACAUCCUGCACAAUAUACUCAUAUAGGUAGUGACAAUGAAAAUUACAACAGUAACAAUCAUAUUUUCAAUCUAGGAAAUAGUUAUUUGAAGCUAUUGAAUACUUAUUAAGUUGACCUAUAGAAUUCUUGAGCUUUAUCGGGAAAAUAUUUGUAAUUCUGAUCACCUUUGAAAGAUUUAUAUAAAUGCAAGCAUUU